AUAAUUUUCAAACUUUCUUUUUGGUCAGCAAUGAUUUUCAAACUUAAAAGCAGUAUCUCUAACAAGGCACAUAGAUCCAAGUUGGUGGAGGAGAUGUGGAAAAGCAAAAACAGGCCUCAAGUGUUCAUCAACUUCAGAGGCAAAGACGAGCGGCAGAAAUUAAUGCCACAUCUCAAACAUCAUUUGAAAGACAGCAAUGUGAAUGUGUUCACGGACGACGAUGCUAUUGGAGAACCAUCAAAGAAUCUCUUCAAACAUAUCAGAAGGUCAAGAAUCGUGGUAGUCAUUUUCUCAAUUAACUACUUGGAGUCAGAGUGGUGCUUAGACGAGCUAGUUGAGAUCAAGAAAUGCUUAGAGACUGAGAAGGUUGACUUUGCCAUACCAAUCUUCUAUAAAGUUAAGACUUCUCACGUCAAGAAACAGAGCGGAAAGUUCGGCAAAAAGUUUGUAGCUUUGCAGGAGAAUUAUCGCAAUUCCAGGGUCAGGAGAUGGAAGAAAGCUUUAAGAUUCGUAGCUAAGUAUGUUGGACUGACUUAUCACAAAAGAAGUUCAGUUUCAGAGUUGGAUUUCAUCAAGAUGAUCGUGGAAAGGGUUGAUAUAACUUUAACCAAAAUUGCAUCAAAUGAAAAUAAUGAUAGUCCUCCAGAGACGUCUACGGGAGAAUCAUCAAAUCUGACUCUUGUCCAUCACUUAAACAAGAUGCUCCCCUCGUCAACGACAAUGGAAUCUGUGAAUCUGGAAAGAUCUUAUCUUCAGGGCUUCAUGUUUGGCUCUGCUUGGAAAGAUGCUAUAAACUCGUCGGCGCAGAGUAGCAGAAACAGUUUCAUGACUUUUCAUCCUGCAAAUCCUCUUCACUAUAGGGCCUAUAAUUGGGGUGUUGAUCCUAGGCCUUUUUGCUAUGGCCUGUUGGAGCCUAAGACUCAAUAUGAGUCAUAUGACCACUGGAACUUUUGGAAACUUCCGCUUCCUGAUGCUGAGGAGGAGCCAGAAGAACUAACGAGUAGUGUUUCAUUGGAUUUCGACCAAUACCCUACCAUAAAUUCAACAAGCACACACGACUAUACAGUGUCGACAUCGCAUGCUGCGGAGCGAGAAGACAAAACGAGCUGUAUUUCAUUCUUGUGUAGCUGUUUCAACCGUUGUUUCUCUCUUAUAUGGGGAGCAAAAGAAGAUGACAAAGACUAGUCAACGUGAACCUUCAGUUGCCACUUGCUAGGAAUUGAACUGCUUCUCGUACUUGUACUUGUGCCAUAAGCAAAAGCCUCUGUUUUCUUUUUCUAAGAAAAGUUUAUGAUUACUGAUCAUCCUCUACCGGUGAUUGUUGUCUGCAAAUGUAAUACCUUAUUGAGGGUGUAACUAUAUGGAUUUUACAUCGUAGAAAGUUGAUUUAUC